GCUAGACAGAAAAGUUCUCCAAGUCCCCACCUGACCCAGAAGCCCAGUUGGCUUCACCUCUCAGUGUCUCAUUGGCCAGAGAAAGUCGUGUGGCCAGGCCUGCCCCUGCCUGUAGGAAGCUGAUGGAUAUCACUGGACCCAAUGCAGACUGUUCCUUGAAGGGCAGGGGGAGUGAAUGAAAGCAGCCAUACUGUCUGCUGCAGUGAACCUGGAUUAGAGAGGUGGAAGAAGUUGGAACAUAGUGUACUGAAUGUGAAAAUUUUAGGUUGGGUCGAUAUCAGCUCUUAGAACUUGUGCCUGUUGAAGCCUUCUUAUUUUACAAUAAUACUCUUUUUGAUUGAAGCUAUCCUGGAAACCACUGUGGAUAUUUCUGCUAAUAGUCGUCCUCUGGCCAGAGGUUUUCAUAUUUGGGAGCAGGGGUGACUAUAAGCUCCCUGAUGUCGCCUGUACAUACACGUAGGAUCACCCUAAGGGCCUUAGCCUGCCAGAUGGAUGCUGGUGACCAGCCGAGCCCCAUCUUCCUCAUGUCCAAAUGAGUCCUCCUUUUGUCAGGUGUUAGUUCAGGAACUAAACUUAAUAAUAAAUGUGGCUGCUUUGGUGUAAUCAUAAAAUGAGGAAUAUGCCAAAGUCAAAUUCCUCUGGAGGCAUGCCAAAAAUUAAGGCUGGAAGUUGAGUCUGGGCCAGAUUGUAGAGCCUUUGAUGACUGGUUCCAGCACCUUUGGCUUCAGUUUCUUCUGUGGGGUUAGGAGUCAGAGAGCUGGGUGCCCAGGAACAAUCAGCCUGGGCCUAGAGACUGGACAGCAGUGGGGAAGAGACACCAGACAGCGACCUCCUGAUACGCCUGUUACGGAUGGUGGCCUCAGGUCCACAUUUGCAUGGGCUCACCCCUCUUCCUUUUUUCUGCUCCAAAGUCUGUGCCUCCAUUGGGAGCACACACAGUUAUCACCCUCUCUGAGAAGCCCUUUCUGACUCACGUUACAGGUGCUUGCUUUCUGCCACCGUGGACUACUCGAUGACUCCUCCUCUUCCUCAACACCCAGGGCGACUUUUCCCUACCGUCUUUCUGUGUCUGUGGACAUCACCUCUCUCGGCCCCUAGGUGGCCGGGGUCCUGACCAGCCCUGGGCAGCGGCCUCUCUGGGGAGAGCCCAGUGCCCUCCCUGCUGCGUCCUUCAUCUUCCUCCUCGUCAUCUCCAAGCCGAGCCUCCUUUCUCUGGAACCACGUGUGGGAGAUGCAGUUCCGGGACACAGGAGUGAAUACCCACUCACCUUAACUCAUUUUUUUUUCCUCUUGUUGUCCUGUAGCCAGCUGCUGAAUUCCUCACCGUGCACCUUCACCCUUCUCUCAUUUUCUGUUCAGCCAGCUCUCUUGACCCUGGUCCUUCUUGCUCGAAAUCAUGUCUUUUUUUUUUUUUUUUUUUAAACAAUACACUGUGUCAGAGGAAUCCUUGAGUUUUACAACUGGAAGUGACUUUAGAGGUUAGCUGAUUCAGCUUCUCUCCCUUCCCAGGUGAGGAGCGGGACAGCCACAGCUGUGUGGAGACUUGUCUACCCUGCAGCUGCCAGCUGUUUAGGGAUGGAUGCCCCUCUUUGGUACUGAGUGGCCACAUCCAUGUUUGUCUGGGAUGGUCUUGCUUUGUGUCCCUGUUCCCAGGUGAAUUUCUGACAAUGUUCCCUUUUUCUCUCAGCAGAGAUCUGGAUGGCUGGUGAACUGUGUGAGUGUCCUGCGUGGACUGCCAUCGUCCUGUGGUUUUAGACCUUAUGGUGUCUUCUGUGCUGUCCUUGUGUUAAAACCCCCCCUUUUUUUCCCCGUCAAGUUUGUUGUCAAAUUGUAUCUCAUGUAAGAUGAUAGCCAAGACCGGCUAGUGUUAUUAAAAACAAAAACCAUUCCAAGUGAAAACAGCUAAGUCUUCAUUAGUAUCUCUUGGUAUUGGCUGGGUUAUCGAUGGAUUCUUUUGUCUGUGAAGAUAAUUUUAACUCUCUCUAUGGAUUAUGUAAUUCUAGGUUUUUCCCUAAACUGAGGAAUAGGAUGUAUAUGCUUGUGAGAAAAACUGGUUUGAGAGUUCCUCAUGGGUGUUGAGUGUUACAGUCACUCAGGACAUUGUUACUAGUGGACUGCCUGUGCCCUUCCUUGAAUUUAGCGAUGCUUUAUAAGAAAAAUUGCUGUGAUACUUUAGGAAGAUUAUAGCAGUCCUUUCUUUGAUUCAAGGGGAAUGGCAUACUGUUGAUCAAAGUUCAUUCCCACAGGUUGCAGGCCUAAGGGUGCUCCAUUUUCAGUCUGUAGAAGUGGAGGGAGUCUGGAGGAUCCCACAGUGGGUGCCCAGGACCUAGACGAGAACUGUGCGUGGGUGGCCUGUGUAUUGCUGCCUCCACAGUGCACCCGAGUCAGAGUGCACCUGGGGGGCCUGCUGCAGACCUGGUGGCCAAGGUGCCCCUUCCACAUGGGAGAGGCAGGACCCCCUGCUCUGAGUCUGAGACUUACAUUUCUUUCCCUCCAGUUGCUGGUAGGCCCAGGCUACGCAGCCAGGGUCUUCGGAGGAAGGGUGUUGGCGGUGUGUUGGGUCAGCACCCCUUCCUGCUGCUCUGAGGUCUGUGUGGUUUCUGUCUGCCCUGCAUGAGUCCCCUUGGCCAGGCCUGCUGUCGAGGCUUGUGUUCCUGACACUCCCCUUCACGGGCAGUGCUGUUUGAUUUUGCGAUUAUGCAUUGCCCAUACUGUAUUAAAAAUGGCCUUAAGCUGGUCAUGAUUACCACUAGAGGUUAUAGUGUGAAAUGGUGCUAGGCUGUUCAUUGUUGUGUAGACAGUGUGGGGAGUGACAGUUCUGCAUCCGUGACCUGAGAAUUUAGGGGAGGGAGAGGCAGGACAGUCAGGGUGCUAGCACAGCUCCCCGGAAUCCCGAGCGAGCCCCCAGAGCAGGCCGGGAAGGCUGUCCUCUUUCAUGUUGGUGUCUGUAAUCCUGCUGUGAGUCUUGGGGUAGUGAGGACGGUUCGGGCUCCCAUGACUGAAGGGUGAAGUCGGUCAUUCAGUGUGUGCUAGGGCAAGAGUUUGUGGUAGAAGCAACUGCUUCAAGACUGUGGUUUCUGGAUGGAGUCAGGUGGUCUCCCAGGGGUGUGAGUUGGAGUCUUGUUGAUGGAGCUCUGUGGAAGGAUGGCGCCUGUUUGACAUUGAAAGCUGUAGAGCUGUAGAAGUCAUCCCGUGUGCUGUGUUUGCAGUGCAUGGGUGUGCAGACAUGUGGCCCAUUCUUGCACAGUGGAACUGGGAGGUAUGUGGGUUCAGGAAAGAGCACUGGAUUAGGAAUGAGGAGUCUCCUGGGACCGUGGAUGAGCUACUGCACCACUGUGGCCUUGGCUCAUCCGUGCCUGAUCCCUGUCUGCAGAGGGAGCUGCCAUGGUGUUGGAGCCAUCUUUUUGUCUGAGAAAUGUCGGUAGCUGGAAGAAAAGCCUUAGCAGCUCCCCAUACCUUCUGUUGCUUCCUCCCUUGCCUAGAACACCCUCCCCUCACCUGGCCACAUCCUGUGUCCCUUUCCAGACUUGACUCUGCCUGCACUGCCUCUGCCCUGCGGCCCCAUUCCCUCUCUGCAUUCCCACUGAGCUGGAAGACCACAGCCUCCUACAGCUGCUUUCUAGCCUGAAAGUCCAACUUUUUCAAAAAACUUAUUUUGUGUUUUUGAAUAUGCUGACAUAUUUUAACCUGGGUGAUAUUAAUCAUGAAGUUAUGCCCCUAAAUCUUUCAAAAUGACCUUUCCAAAAAUAACUCCAUGUUCCCACAUAGCCAAAAUUGUAAUGUCUGUCAUACAUGACAAGGUUAGUAAUGAUGUCUCAACACCAUCUGAUAUGUAGUCUGUGUUUACGUUUCCCCAGGUGCUCCCAAAUACACUUUGUAGAUGGUUUAUCCAAAACGGUCCAGUGCAGGGCCCCUCAUGGCAUGUGGAGUCUCUUAAUCCAGAACAGUCUUGUUUUCCGUGGCCCAGAAUUGUGCACAGACUUAAUGUCUGGCUUUUAUAGCUGCCCAGGAACUGCUUGUUCAGUGAAGGCACAGAAAAGACAAUGGGGAUGAGACACUGAAGACAUUUUUUUCUUCUUUGGUUCAGGGGGGAUUUCCCUCAGUCUUAAAUACGUUCAAUUAAAAAACUAUGCCCUUGGUCCUCCUCCGUGCCAUUGUCUUCUGGACGUACAAUGUGAUCCCCAGGCUUGUCGGCUCCUUCCAGUGUCUCCCCAGUGUUUGUCGAAAUCCCCCUCAUCCCGCUUGUCCCUGUGGCUGAGGUUCUCCGACCUACGAUUGCAGAAAUCUUCCUCAGAUAGUUUCUCUGUGUCUCACUAUUUUCUUCUGUGGUCUGUAUAGUUUAGUACCUUGUAGCCGUUCCAUUUUAUGCCCAAAUUGCUUUAUAUGUGGCCUGUGUAUUUCAUAGAAGGCAAGAUAAUUUUCCUAAACAGUGCCAGCUACACUUCAGCUUCCUAAGAAGCGAUUUCUGCAAAGCAUUGCAAGAGAAAUGAGGUCCAACAAACAUAGUCUGCGAGAAUAGAGUUGAGGAAGUCGUUGUACUUGGGGGCUUCGUUUUUACCUCUAAAUGAGAGGGUUGACUUGUAAGUAAUGUAGAUGAUUCUUCUCUCUGUUCGGUGGGCUUUUUCUUGUGGUUAUUUUGAAUUUUUUAAAAGUGAGAGUUUUCCUUGGCAGAAUGCAGUUCAUCUAUAGGUCUGUUUUGAUAAGUGAGAUUUGGUGUGCCCUUUUCUUUUUGAAGGCGUGGGGCAUUCCAGUUGCUGCUUCCUGUCCUCAAGCGUGUUCCCCUUUCCCUGGUGAAGAUGAGCAGUCUGAGGGGCCCAGUGCAGGGCUGUAGCAAGCAGGUGGUCAGGGAGGCUCUGCUCCAUAGACCCAGCCCUCUUCCUUCUUGUGGCGCUGCUGCCUCCUUCCCACAGCGUGCUGCCUUGUGUUGUACCAUUUAGUGUUAGACCGUGGGAACUCCCCUCCCCACUCCCCUUUUAAGAAGGUAUUUUUCUAUCCUUGUUUGAAUACUCUGGGCUUCUUUUAUCCCUGAUUCGGUGUUGUAUUUCAUUAUGUAAUUUCUACUGAGAGUAAAAUAUCAAAAAUAAACUAAGUAAUUUUAAUGUUAAUUUUCUGGUGGAAAACUGGUAGGAUGAUUUCGUUUUGGGAAUAUGGGAUCAUUCUACUGCACAUUUAAUUCACUUAAAUGUAAAAGUAAGUGUGAGUGUUUGAAAUAGGUUUUUCCAAAUGGAUAGAUCCUAAUGCGUAUUUUGGGGCGAAGUGUAUCUGUGCAGCCACCCUCUUCCCCAGCAUGGUGCCUGUGCGGGGUGGUCCAGGUGGCAGGAAGCGUGCCUGUGCAGCCACCCUCUUCCCCAGCAUGGUGCCUGUGCGGGGUGGUCCAGGUGGCAGGAAGCGUGCCUGUGCAGCCACCCUCUUCCCCAGCUUGGUGCCUGUGCGGGGUGGUCCAGUGGCAGGAAGCAUGCCUGUGCCGGUGUCGAGCCUGCUGCUGGGCGGGAUUCCUAAUGACCCUCCUUACCUCACUGCGAACGCCUCUCACCCUGGGCUGUGUGUUGGAGUCACUUGAAGAGGGUUGGCAUUUUGAUUUUGAGUCUCUCCAGAACACUGCUGGAGUAUCCUGCCCUUUCACAGCCCCCAGGAGGUCUUAACGUGCAGCUCCUGCUGAGAAUUGCAGCUCCUGAGGCUGAGGCUUCCAAAAGGAGGCCUGGAGACAAUGGAAUAUGGUUUGUACUUCCUUCCGUCCUGCUGCUCCUCGCCUUGCCAAGAGCGGAAAUACUGCUAAAGCACCCAGCAAGUCGUGGUGGGGAAUGAAUGAAUCCUGUCUAAGACACUUGCCUUAAUAACCCUAGGGGAACAAUUUAGUGUGUUAUAUGUCAUGAUAAUUCUUAUAUACACACUGAUUUACUUUUUGCAGAGAUAUUUCUACAAAAGUUCUGAGACUUCCCUCUUAUUCCCAUAGUACAAAAUUUCUCUGUACUCAGAUUUUUCUGUUUCUGUUUUUUGUUGAAUAGAUUUCUAUUUUAGGAAAUAGUCUGUUAUCUUUCUCCAGAGAAGCACUUCAAUCGAAACAUUCUAUUGGCUGAGAAUGUGCAUUUUCCCCCUCUCAGGGGUAAGGAUUUGCCUCAUCUCAUUGUCUAGCUUCCUGUUGAGAAGUGUGGUGUGUGUAUUCACUUAAGCGCUGAUGUCAUAUUGAAGCCCAUUGGUGGGCAAUUUCAGCCAAUCAGAUGCUUCCUGGUGUCCAAGUAAGAAAGAUAUAUAGUUCUGGAAUAACAGGAAACUUCACGUUUUUCACAUCCUGUUAUUCUGGGUUUUGUGACUUGCUGCCUUGCCACUAUGAAGACGUUUGAUGCAAAUGAUUUGUAUCAGGGGCAGAAUUUUAACAAGGUCCUCAGUUCCUUAGUGACUCUAAAUAAAGUAACAGCAGACAUCGGGCUGGGGAGUGACUCCGUGUGUGCCCGGCCCUCGUCUCACCGCAUAAAGUCUUUUGACUCCCUUGGAUCACAGUCUUUGCACACUCGGACUUCAAAACUGUUCCAGGGCCAGUAUCGGAGUUUGGACAUGACCGAUAAUAGCAACAAUCAACUGGUAGUAAGAGCAAAGUUUAACUUCCAGCAGACCAAUGAGGACGAGCUUUCCUUCUCAAAAGGAGACGUCAUCCAUGUCACCCGUGUGGAAGAGGGAGGCUGGUGGGAGGGCACACUCAACGGCCGGACCGGCUGGUUCCCCAGCAACUACGUGCGCGAGGUCAAGGCCAGCGAGAAGCCUGUGUCUCCCAAAUCAGGAACACUGAAGAGCCCUCCCAAAGGAUUUGAUACGACCGCCAUAAACAAAAGCUAUUACAAUGUGGUGCUACAGAAUAUUUUAGAAACAGAAAAUGAAUAUUCUAAAGAACUUCAGACUGUGCUUUCAACCUACCUACGGCCAUUGCAGACCAGUGAGAAGUUAAGUUCAGCAAACAUUUCAUAUUUAAUGGGAAAUCUAGAAGAAAUAUGUUCUUUCCAGCAAAUGCUCGUACAGUCUUUAGAAGAAUGCACCAAGUUGCCCGAAGCUCAGCAGAGAGUCGGAGGCUGCUUUUUAAACCUGAUGCCGCAGAUGAAAACCCUGUACCUCACGUAUUGUGCCAAUCACCCUUCUGCAGUGAAUGUCCUCACGGAACACAGUGAGGAGUUGGGGGAGUUCAUGGAGACCAAAGGUGCCAGCAGCCCUGGGAUUCUCGUGCUGACCACGGGCCUGAGCAAACCCUUCAUGCGCCUGGAUAAAUACCCUACGCUGCUCAAAGAGCUCGAGAGACACAUGGAGGAUUAUCAUACAGAUAGACAAGAUAUUCAAAAAUCUAUGGCUGCCUUCAAAAACCUUUCAGCCCAAUGUCAAGAAGUCCGGAAAAGGAAAGAACUUGAGCUGCAGAUCCUGACGGAAGCCAUCCGGAACUGGGAGGGCGAUGACAUUAAAACUCUGGGCAACGUCACUUACAUGUCCCAGGUCCUGAUCCAGUGUGCUGGAAGCGAGGAAAAGAAUGAAAGAUAUCUUCUGCUCUUCCCAAAUGUUUUGCUAAUGUUGUCUGCCAGUCCUAGGAUGAGUGGCUUUAUCUAUCAGGGAAAGCUUCCAACGACAGGAAUGACAAUCACAAAGCUUGAGGACAGUGAAAACCAUAGAAAUGCAUUUGAAAUAUCAGGGAGCAUGAUCGAGCGGAUAUUAGUGUCAUGCAACAACCAGCAGGAUCUGCAGGAAUGGGUGGACCACCUACAGAAGCAGACGAAGGUCACAUCUGUGGGAAACCCCACCAUAAAGCCUCAUUCGGUGCCGUCUCAUACCCUGCCCUCCCACCCGGUCACUCCGUCCAGCAAGCACGCAGACAGCAAGCCCGCGCCGCUGACGCCCGCCUACCACACGCUCCCCCACCCCUCCCACCACGGCACCCCGCACACCACCAUCAACUGGGGACCCCUGGAGCCUCCGAAAACACCCAAGCCCUGGAGCCUGAGCUGCCUGCGGCCCGCGCCUCCCCUCCGGCCCUCAGCUGCCCUCUGCUACAAGGAGGAUCUUAGUAAGAGUCCCAAGACCAUGAAAAAGCUGCUGCCCAAGCGCAAACCUGAACGGAAGCCUUCCGAUGAGGAGUUCGCGUCCCGGAAAAGCACAGCUGCUUUGGAAGAAGACGCUCAGAUUCUGAAAGUCAUCGAAGCUUACUGCACCAGCGCCAAAACAAGGCAAACACUCAAUUCAACAUGGCAAGGCACUGACCUGAUGCAUAAUCACGUCUUGGCUGAUGAUGACCAACCAAGCCUAGACUCCUUGGGUCGUCGCAGUAGCCUUUCUCGUUUGGAGCCUUCAGACCUCUCGGAAGACUCUGACUAUGACAGUAUAUGGACAGCCCAUAGUUACAGAAUGGGUUCUACAUCUCGUUCACGCAAAGAAUCUGCUCCACAAGUUUUGCUUCCAGAAGAAGAGAAAAUUAUAGUGGAAGAAACUAAAAGUAAUGGUCAGACAGUGAUAGAAGAAAAGAGUCUUGUGGAUACCGUAUAUGCAUUAAAGGAUGAAGUUCAAGAAUUAAGACAGGAUAACAAAAAGAUGAAGAAAUCUCUAGAGGAAGAACAGAGAGCCCGCAAAGACCUAGAGAAGCUGGUGAGGAAAGUCCUGAAGAACAUGAACGAUCCUGCCUGGGACGAGACCAAUCUAUAAGGGACGUCCUUAGUGUUUUCUGUCGAUGACCAGUUCUGAGGUGAAGCUGGGCACCCCUGACCCACGUCGGGGUGCACUCAGGACCACAGGGCAGGGCUGGGUGGGGCACCACCUCGCUCUCUGUACAUAGAAAAGCUGGAGCUUAUUCUGCGAAUGGAGACGAUCAAACCAUGACUGAUGAAUCCAGACAGGAGGGAUUGACUCUGAGGACCUGAGCUGCAUCAGUCCCACUCUGUGAACAUCUCAGUUACCUCAUUCUGCAAUAAGUUCAGUGACUGACUAAAAGUCUUGUUUUUCCAGACUUUGAAUUGAAUAUAUAAAUAUUAUAUAUACAUGUUUCUUGUAAAUAUCCCAUUUUGAAUGCAUACCCGUGGUGGUUCUGUCCGGGCUAAUCCCCAUGCUAGAAUGUCCUUUCCAGCUUCGUGAGUAAGAAGUCCCAUAUGCCCGCACCCACCGGAAGCAGAAGCCCGGUGGAUGCCUGGUUCGUUCCGCAGCCCCAGGGCCCCCACCGUGCUGUGACAGCACCCCCCAUGUCGGUAUUUCUGAAUAACCUUAUUUAUACCUGCAGAGAUACACGUCAGUCCCAUUCGGAAGUCUUCUCUUAAAGCAGCGUUCCGGUCCCAGACCUGCGGGGUUCCGAGGGCAGCUUGCUGGUUGACGGACUCAGUCUUGACCUCAAGGAAGGCCCAUAUGGCACCGCUGCAUCCACCGGGAGGUGUUCGCUCGUGUCCGCUGUCUGAGUACUGUGAUUCUCAGAUGGAUUCGCUGUGUUUUGGGAGAUUACACAGACGUUUCUGUGCAGGCUAGUUCAGUAACAACAAAAUACACUGUUUUGUCUUCCCUUAAAGAGAGCUCUUACUAGAACCUGUAAAUAGAAUGUAUUAUUUAUUGUAGGUCACUGCAGCUGACGAGAACAGAUGGAGGCCGUGCUCCAGACUGAUACUGAUGGGUGGAGCUUUGCGGUCAGGCCAGCCUCAUCCUGAGGUCUGCUCCACCACUGGCUGCAGCCAGCAGGCUUCAGUGCUCACCGAAAGUAAAAUCCCCUCCUUCAGCAAGCAUAAAGCAAUAUACACCCUAGGUUCCACUAAGCAACGUAGGCGUAAGCAGGGGGCGUUUCCCCCACUGUGUUCCAGUGCAGAGGAGACGGACGAAGCCUGUCCUCGCCGCGGCUUGCUGGGCCCAGGCUGGCUCUGGAAAGCCUGUGCGGUCCUGGGCGGGAACCCCACCCCGUGGGGCAGGUUUCCGUUCUGCUUCAGCAAUAAAUAAGGGUGACCACAGGGACUUUGCUUUUGGUUUCCCUUCCCGCGAAGAGGUUGGUUUUAAAGUGAGAUACACUUUUCCGUAGAACAAGUGUUCUAUCUUUAAACACCAAAAUUGCAACGCCACGGAUUACUGGUCUCAGAACAGCUCAUUUUGCAUCAGAUUUGACUUUCUGCUUUUCCGUCUGUUGGCCAAAUUGCCCUUUAACUGCACCUGAAUCCUUUGUAUACUGAUGCCUUUGAGCUGGGCACCCUGGGAGAGUGUUCUGUUACUGUUUACGGUUCUUCCUUGCCCUUGCUAAUGACAGUCUCUGGUGCCCAGCAAGCGCCCUUCCUGCUUCCUUCCCUGACUCCGGUCACGGGGUCUGCCUGGGCUCAGCACGGACCUGACCCAUGCUCGCAGAACCUGGCCUCACCUGGACUUCUCACUAGACUUGCCAGCUUCCUCAACUUAGCAGAUUACUCACUCAUGCAGGCACAAGCAAAGAUCAACACUUUCUCUUUUGGUAAGCUUGAGUUGUACAAGUUGUUUUUUGGUGAUGCGUAAGACAUUGCAGUGGGAAACCAUUCAGCUUGAGCGUAUUGGAGUUUGCUGUUGUAGCAGGUUUUAACUCAGGAACAACUCUCCUCUGAUCUCUCCGCCCUCUGCCGGGAGGCGACGUUCGCCGUCCUCUCGGAGCCGGUAGCGUCGCUGUCCGAGUCCCCAGGACGGAUCUCCUGCAGACCUGCCUUAAUGCUCAGAUCGAAGUCUUUCACAAGAAUACUUGUGUUUUUAACAGCCCUUCCCCUAGACGGUGCGGCCGCGAGGGCCUCAUGUGACUGCAUUGCCUUUUCUUUCUGUGGAUCCAGUAUCUUCCUCGGCUUUUUAGGGAGCAGGAAAAACGUGUCUGAGAGCAAGUCUUUAAAAACCCGCCCUGUUGUAUAUAACUGUAUCUGUUUCACCGUGUGACCUCCCAAGGGGGUGGGAACUUGAAAUAAACAUUUAAAGGGGCCACGAUCUGCCCGAGGGUUACUCCUUUGCUCUCACCUUGUAUGGAUGAGGAGAUGAAGCCAUUCUUAUCCUGUAGAUGUGAAGCACUUUCAGUUUUCAGCGAUGUUGGAAUGUAGCAUCCGAAGCUCGUUCCUUCACACUCAGUAGCGUCUGUGCUUGUCCACAUGCGCUGGGCGCCUGGGACCUUGAAUGCCUGCCCUGGUUGUGUGGACUCCUUAAUGCCAAUCAUUUUUUCACUUCUCUGGGGCCCCAGGGCGCCCGUUGA